AUGUCUGGCCCGUUUCGCUUUAAUCAGGAGGCGGCCAAGUCCCCGCUUGACCGCUCCGCAUCCCCCUUCUCUGCUGGCCAGCCCGUGUCCUUCAAGACCAAUGUUAAUCGCGCGAAGACAAAGAAGUGGGUGCAGGCCAAAAAGAAUGCCUACGAUGGCGACGAUUGGGGCGACUAUGACGAGUACGAUGAAUACGGCGUAAACGAUGAAACCCCGCCGCAUGCUGAACCGCAAUCUGCGCAGCGCUACUAUGCUCAACGUACGGAGCAGCCGACACGCAGCUUCACAGAUCCCUCGCAACAGGCUCCUCUGCCGAAGGCGCGCAGGAACUCCUUUGAGCACGGGGAAGAGCAGCGCGCUUUCUCAUCCACCAUACCGCAACCGCAACAGGGCUAUGGACAGCAUUACGGAGAGCCACAACGACAGACAAGUGGCGCUGAGUCUGACAUGGGGCACGAUCCCUAUCAGCGACGUGAUUUUAGCCCGUCUGCAAUGCCUACGCCCCUCCAGACGCGCAUAUCCGCCGUUCCCACUGAUAUGACUGCCUCCCCCUCCAACACUCAGUUCCCCCCGCGCAAGAGCAGCAUAGGCCAGGCCGAAUCGCCAAUGGCCACAUCUCCACGAUCACGCGCGGGAAGCCACUCCGACAAGCCGUUACCUUUUAUUAGGCCAGCCGACAUCUACAAGCGCGUCGGAGAGGAACGCGAGAGGGAACGUGCAUCGUUAGAUUCAUCGCGACCAAGCCUCGACUCCUUAUCAUCCCGUCCAAAGGAUGAGGUUGCCUCUCCUCAAAUAGAGACUGGUAGAUCACUGUACCCAUUAGAGUCGGUCGCAGAGCGAAAGAGCGAGUACUUGCCGGACUUUAAUGUAGCAUCCCACCAGAAUGACAAGCAGCCAGCUCAAACUGCCUCUUCUCAGCCCGAAGCGUUCAACAGUAAUUUCUCGUCUAGAGGCCCGCAGUUGCAGACUCCUGCCAGCCAUGCGCCUGUUGUGUCACCCCCAGAUGACCAGGGCUUCCGCUCAGUUGUCGAUCAGGCUUUCACUCGCAACGAUGACCAACGUUCGGUUCCCCCCACCCCAAUAUCCAAGGAUUCCAGUUCCGAAAUGUCGAGAACGAACACUAGUAGCACCACUGGCAUUAGCCCAAUUAUGAGUCACGUGCCCAGCUCUGCGACGUCAGCCUUGAAGAACCGCAAUCAAGCAGGGGGUGAUGGUAGUACUCCCGCAAUCGCAGAGGAGCCUAAUGAAACUGCUACACCAGUUUCCCGGUCAACGCCCGCGUUUGUACCCGAGCCUGUUCAUCACAUUCAGCGUAAACCAUCGCCAGGCCAUUCUCGCAACAUCUCGAGCUCAUCGCUACCCCGCAGUGGUUUGGCUACUCCAACUCGUGGCGAUAGCCCCGCGCGUUCGCCUGUAAUAGCCCCGCAAAAGGACUUUUCGGAACCAAAAGCAGCCCAACUUGCAAUAGACACCACCGACGGAAUGAAAGGCGGGCUCAAUGGCCCAUCGAUCGCAUACGCUACCCGUGAAUCCGAUAUCGCAAAUGCCAUGAAGGGCAGCCCAACUAAUGCAGCUCCCGAGCUAAGAGCAGCAGAAAGGCAGUCGCAGAACACGUUCUUAGAGUCACACAAUGCGCAGUCCCCUAUUCAAGACGUCGUCCCCCGCGAUCGCUCGGAAUCACCAAGCAAAGGUCGCGUGCAAGCAUUGGCUGGCAAAUUCGGUGAUGUUUCCCAUUCAAGGCGCGGUUCUACUCAGUCGAACACGUCGAGGAACAGUGUGCAGUCAUGGGAACGGAGCCAGGAUAACUCGCGGUCGGCAUCUCCAACGAAAGCUAGCCCCAGCAAACCUAGCAGCCCUGUCAAGGAGUUCCGUCCACAUCUGCCUGGACAGUGGGAGUCCUAUGCUACAACAGCCAUCACGCCAUCUGAUCAUGGCGAUGUGGACAAGGAACUAGGUCUCGAGAAGAACAAAGCUCUGUCUCCACUCGAAGAGGCUGACUUGACCCCGACGACUGCCAAGUGGCCAGUCGCCGAAGUUGAAACUUCAAAUCCUUCAGAUCCAAUGGCCGCACUCAAAGAUGCUGGAGCUGCUAUGGUUCACUCCAUUCGAUCAACGGUCGGGCUCGAUGAUACCCCAUCCAGUUCGCAGGAAGAGCAACGAGCCUACAAGGGCCAUGGCGAUGUUUACAAGCCUCGACCCCUACAGCUGGACCGAACAGAAUCUUCCGUAUCGAGCAUACCGCCCACUCCACCUGCCAAAGACUCCCCAGAAUCUGAGUAUCCACCACCUUUAAGAGAGAAGAAAGACAAAACCCCGGCACCUUUCGUACCGGACCCCUUCACUGGACAGUUGCGCCCGACCCUUGAUCCUCAAUUGAGUACUGAUACGUCAGCUGAUGACCAGGAAAGCGAUCGCUUACGAAAGGAAAUCGUCGCCAGUCUCAGCCCGGUUCGGACUUUAGCAACACCAGCGAUCGACCCCAACCGUGGCUCACUUCAAUCGGUUAGUUCAGAUGCAAAUCGUGCCAGUUCUAUAUUGCCAAGCGAAUAUGACAGCUACUGGGCGGCUGGUGACGAUGCUACUCCACGUCCCUCGCAGGAUGCGGAGCGUAGCAUCCCUGGACUGUCGUCGGCAGCCGUUGUCCCUCCAGUCGUCACAAAGGCCGAGGAAGCUACAAAGCCUGCGAUACUCAACCGUUUCAGUUGGGAAGAUAACACCCCAAGUAGUCAACCAGAAGCUGGUCCUGUUACAGAACCUUUGAAGGGCCCACAAGAAGACAAAACAUCUGCACCUACUGUUGAACGUGCUGCAGAAGAGGAGCGUCAGCGAUGGUCUGAAGGCCUUCCAGAUUCCUACUUCGGACCUGGUCAUACCUUUACAGUCACCAAACCAGACCCCAUAACAAACGCGGAGUUGGCAAACCGGUCUCUUACUCCGCCUCUGGACUCUACUCGUGCAAUUGCUAGUCCCACGCGGGAGCAUACAAGAUCGCCUGGUCUUCAUGUUGUCAAUACGGAAGUCGAUCCUGAGGCUGUCGACCUCCCCCCUCGUUUCAACGCAGAGCAUUCGCAGCCACGGCGAACUAGUCAUGGGGAAGCCGCAGCACCGCAAGACCAAAAGGACGCAGAUGCACUACCUCCAGUGCCUACCUCUCCGAUUGUGGUAUCCAAACCAUCAUUUUCUCACGAGCCUAUAGCAAAGUCGCCUACGACAGAUAAACCACUAGGUGCCCGCGAGAUUGCCACCAUCACUUCUACCCAGGAGCGCAUCGCCACGUACAAUAAAACGCGCGAUCAUUGGGCCACGACUGAUCACGGACUCGAGAACUGGCUGGCCUCUACUCUUGAUACCAACCCGGACCUCGCCACACAAGCAUUUCCGUUGCAACGACCACCCACGGGAACGAUUCGUCACAAGCACACGCCAUCUCUUCCUUUACUCGGGAAGCUUGGUAGUUCGAUGAGCAAUCAUCAUGGCACAGAGCAACACAGCACGCCGGGUGCACAGGUUCCAGCUGGCCCGAAUUCUCCAACCUCUGGAACACCGUCUGGCCCAGGGUUUGGUGGUCGGGUUGCAAGCCACCAGAUGCAAGUCAAGGGCAAGGAUUUGCUGCACACAGCUGGUGUGUUGAGCGGAAAGGGAAUGACGAGUGCCAAAGGCUUGUUUGCCAAAGGCAAGAGCCGCUUUGGUCGCGACAAGGCCCUUUCCCGAACCGACUCGGCACCUUCCUCUCGCGAGCCGUCCGAAGAGCCUGAAUUUAUCACGCCCAUCUCACGAGCAUCAACGGCAAUGACAACGACGCCCGAGAAACCAAUCACUCGUACUUCGACCGCCACCGACAGCCCCAACGACGAGAAGAAGAGUCGUCGGUUCUCCCUCUCUUCGCCAUUCUAUCGUUCGGCCCGCUCCAGAAGUAGGCCGACCAGCAUCGCGCUUCCCAGCAACACUCCAUCUACCUUUGACAAUACACCCAGGAACACGCCGCCUCGCGAACUUUGUCGCGUUCUCGAUGAAGAUAAUCGGCCGCGCUCGUUCCAUGCUCCAGACUCCUGGAACUAUGCGCCAGGCGUACCAUCGUCGUUUGAUCAAGCCCAGACUACGCCGCCGGGUAGGACUCCACAAUCACAAAGUCGAUUGGGCAUACUGCCUUCACCAGCAAAGAGCGCGUUCUCGUCGAAAGAGAAGGACAAUGAAGAGGAUAUCCCUCCUGUUCCACAACUUCCCGAUGCGGUCUCAGAGGGUCAGUAUCGGGGAACGAGCCAUGAGGAUGCUAGCCACAGAAUGCUCCAGUCGAUUAUACGAUAUGCAACACCUCCUUUACCAUCACAGGAUCCAUCACAGGAUGCGACGAGGGUUGUGGAGAGCCCUGCGGUUGAUCUGGCAGGUGCAUCGGGGGAAACAUCACUAGAUACUGGAAAGGCGCUGCCACCCGCCCCUGCAGAGCUUCAGCUGCAACUUGAGCGGGCUGGUGACAGUGACCGACCACCGCAAUUAAAUCACGACCCAUUACCGGAUACAGUAAGCUUUUCACCGGCAAGACACGAGCAAGUCGACGACGAGGACGAGGACGAUCUACCACCGCAAUUGAAUUACGAUCCACCAUUCGCGGCCAACCCUCAGCCCGCAGAGAUCCCAUCAGUCACAUCAUCUAUUAGGCCGUCACCGGCAGACGUGAGCGACGACGACGCAGACCACGUAUACGCACAAGUAAAGGCCGACUCUGGGUUGCAGGUGCCAUGCAGUGGGCUACUCGUGAGCGAUGUCAGCCCUCUUUUGCCGCCUAUCAAGUCGUCACUGGACGAUAUAUCCGACGAAGAUGACGGCCUGCAGACUCGUGUGGGCGAUGGAUUCUCAGUACUCUCGCAAGGAAAGCCAGGGGAGCCACUUGAACAGUCAAGGGAAACAAAGCCGGCACUACAACUGUCGAAUGCGGAUAGAGUCGUCGAUCAGAAUCAAGCCGUUCACGUUGGGAUUACUGCGCAGCGUCCAUCAUUCGAGACUGAACUGAUUGGCGGUGAUAUUUCGCCCGUCUCGACUCCUUCACGCGAAGUUGACGAUGCUGCUGCGAUGCCCAAGGUAGAGAAGUCGGAGGCAGGCAGCGUAUCGAACUCGGUCUGGUACACGGACAGCGAGUUGCAUCUCCCCGGCUCGAGGGUGGGCCCGAUGUUGCGUUUGCCCGAGCAGCAGGAAGCGAUGGGCGAAAUUGCGGUCCAAGUGCCUGGAGCAACACGGGACGGUGGUUCGCUAAGCCCAGGCCACGCAUCGCCCCCGCACCUGCAUGCCAAUGCUGGAGCUGGAGCUGGAGCUGGCGCUGGUGCUGACCCGUCCAACCACCAAACUCGCCGCGUCUCCGCCACGCCGUUCAAAGUCGUCCACGCCGUCGAGGAGUAUGCCGCAUCCAAUUCAUCUCUUGCAUCAUGGGACCACGAUAGUAUUGCCGCUGAAUUACACUCCCCACAGACCCAACCGGACGACAUGAGAGAUGAAAGCGACCUCGUUACGCCGGUCGCCCCAGUCCCGCGCAUCACUCAAAAUGGCCCACAGCCAGAUAGGGCUGAGGGAACUCUUCAUGACACGUCCAACACGGCCACGCCCAAUGGAUAUUUCAGGGGGCAGACGACCUCUUCCGAGGCAAUGCACCAACCACAGCACUUGCAGUCUUCAUCGGCUAACAUGACCGUGCCUGAAAGAUCCAAAUCGCUUCUUUCGCAAAUCUCUGCCAUGGUCUCGGACGGCGGCAAUCCCAUAUCCCCUGCAUCAAGCAUCGCCGGAAGAUCAACGCCAUCCACAAUCCGCCGCAUGCAGCACGACUCGUCAACAAAGUCUCCUUGGAACCAAGCCGACAUUCCCGAGGAAUCCACAACAGCUUGGAGCGACCACACGCCUACCGCCAAGGACCACGAUUUUGAUCUGUACGCUGAUCACGAUGGCAUUGUGAAAGACGUCCAAGACGAAAAUGGUCAGCCCUUGCGAAUUGCAGACGCCCAGGUUCCCCGCUCAGCUCAGCAUUCUCUACCAGCCAAGUCUGUAGUACCUGCUGUCGAGAGUGCAGCAGAAUCCAAACACGAAGUACGACCGAAGCUAAGCACAGAGCGGCCCAUGAGCUUCAUUUCUGGACCUCCAGACCAGGAUGGAAAACCACAGGAUCAGAUCAAUCAAUUAGCGUUGUCACAGGGUGCCCAAGUACCACCGGUUCCUGAGCAAUAUCGAAAGCAGCCGCAACAGUCUGGUACACUUCCUGUCGACACGGUUCACUCUAUCGCACCGCCGGGGGCUGUUGCUCAACAUCAGAAUUACUCCCAACCGCAGCAUCAAAUUCCGGCUGGACAGCCACCUCUAGCAGCACCUGUCUCUGCAAACAACAAUAACCAGGAUACCAACCCCCAGGCCCUUAACAAUGUAACGACACGUGCGCCAGUGCCCUUAACUCCUUCUCAAGAAGCAGUACAACCUCCUGCUUCGUUUGAAAGACCCCUGAUGAAUGGUCAAGCGUCACAGAAUGGCCAAAUGCCACUUCAUGGCCCGCAGGACCCUCGUAUAUAUAGCAUGGCACCAGGACAGCCUGUUCUACAAGGACCCCCGCCUCACGCACAGAUGGUGAUGCCAGAUCACGACCCUCGAGCUCAAGGUCAGCCUAUCGGACCGCCUCCAGGACCGAGGAAUCAAUACGAGUUUCAACAGCAAAUGAUGCAACUCCAGGCAAGAUAUCCACGAGUCCAAGGUGUGGAGAAUCAAGCUCCUCCGAUGCCAUCCCAGCAGCCGAUCCUUCAGAUGCAAAAACCGCAAGAGAAGCCGUCAUCGAAGCCUAGGCUGUCGUCCGUCUUCAAAGGCUUUGGAGGCAAGUCUCACACCUCUCAGCAAAGCUCAACUGGAAACACUGCAACGAAAAACUUGAGUCUUAAGCCAUUGCCCGCAGAUCCCAACCGCAAUAGUUCAUUCCACUCGGCUGUCAGCAGCCUUUCUCUUUCCCGUGAAACACCAUCUGCAGGUAGAGCAGGAGAACAGCCGGGCGCGUUUAAUCCCUCCAAUCGACCGCCAAGCAUGGGAGCAGAUUCGCUCCUGAGUCAGGUCAGUCAAGGCUCUACGAGGGUGCAGCCGGCGGACUCCCGCGUCGACCUAAGAAUGCCAGCAAGCCCUCCGCCAUUCAAUGGAAUUCCGCCACAGCAGCCUUCCAAUGCAACUCCAGUGCCUAACGGACAGCCACAGCCGUAUCGUGCCUCUACAUCUGGUAUUCCAGAAACGGGAAAGAAGAAAAGGUUUUCCACAUUGGGAGGUCUAUUUAGUCGAACAGGUCUAGCAGGCGAUGAACUCCCUAAAAAGUCUAAAAUAUCCAAAGAAGACAAAAAGGCUCUCAAGGCUCAAAGACACUCUACACCCCCUCCAGUUCAGAAUCCCGUGCCACAAUGGCCUCCGCAGCAGCAACAGUUCAGGCCUCAGCAACCUGGCGUGGCUUACCCCCCUGGGCAAGUUCCACCCCAUAUGGUUCCUGGCAUGCGACCAAUGGGUCCACAGUAUGCAUCUCCUCAGACCAUGCCUCCUCGUGGUCUUCAAGGCGCUCAAGGGCUACCCGCGCAAAAUAUUUCUCGACAGCAUCAACAGCCUCAGCCUGGUUUCUUGCCGCAACAGCCUAUAGGUGGCGGUCGUCCCGAAGAGGGUUCUGCUUACCAACGAACAAGGCAGGCGGUAGAGUACCGGGCCCAAAGAAACCCCACGCAGUCAUCUGUUCAGGGCUCCAAUACCGUCACUCAAACUUCAAGUACGUCUUUCGAUCACAUUCCACCAGAUCUCCGUCAAACACGUUGGGGUCCUCCUCCAGGUGGGUAUUACAAGCCCGAGACUAAGCAACCAACAGUUGAUCAGGGAGCCUAUGCGGACUCCCAAGCCGCGCGACAAAAGGCACUGCAACAACGUCAGCAGCAAUCAGUACAUGAACAAGCAGUCUACGGAGCCUCACAAGCGGAACGUUCGCUGUUACAGCAACGUCAACAGCCGAUACAGGGGCAGGGAGCCUAUGCGGCGUCACAUGCUGAGCGGAUGCAAGCGCAACAGCGGCAACGAUUAAUCCCAGAUCAGAGUGGCUACGCAGGAUCGCAAGCAGAACACCAAAACGCACGGAUUCAGCGAGAGCAGCAUAUGUCGGAGCAAAUGGCAUAUCAGGCCUCGUUAGCACAACAGCAGCUAGCAGAGCGGCAGCGACAGCAGCAGCCUAUACCUGGAUCAGGAGGCUACACGCCAUCACAAGAGGAGCGCCUUCUUGCUCAGCAACAACGACAGCAACAUGAGCAACAGCAAUUCCAUCUGCAACAGCGACAGGGUAAUGCGCAACCGUCACUUAGUCGCCGGAGUGUAUCUGGGCCAGUUCAAAGCCACAUCUCGCACGCUGAACCCCCUGUCUCACAACGCCAUGUGAGCUCCCCAGUAACGGAGCCGCAGUAUGAGGCGCCUCCAAUCCCCGCAGCAUACAACCACGUCUCUGGGGCUUUUAUAUCUCCUCGUGAUCGACAACAGCAGCCCCUGUUCUCACCUUUCAACGAUCCAGCAACUGGCCCCUUACAGGACCAGUCCGGUCGGCAGUACUCGGAUCCGCGGAUGCCACCAAUUUCCCCGCAAAUAUCUGCACAGUCUCAAAUAGCUCCCAAUAGCCGAACACAUUCAGACGCCAGCGCUAUUUCAGUGGUGUCACCAAUAUCGAAUUCCCCAGACAACCUCACAACAUCACAACCUCCUAAUCAGCAACCCCAAAAGCCGAGGAUGAGUAGCAUUUCAGAAGUACAGGUACAAGAACAACCAUGGCACUUGAACUUUCCGGAGGGUGCUACAGAGCAAGAGAUUGUUCGAGCUCGCCAGAGGCAGUAUAUGGAACAACAGUUCACCGCUCAACAUCAACUGAAUACCGAACGGGCUGCACGAUCGCCAUCCCCAAAUACAUUGCCCCACGACCAGUCAUCUCAACCAGCACCGGCUUCUGAGACCCAAAGGCAAGGGGGAUUCAAGGAGCUUUUACCACGUAGCUCUCCACAACCAUAUACGAUGUCUCAACCAGCACAGUCUACUCAACAGGACCCUCCACGAGUUUCCGAUAAUUCACAUCCUACGCAACCUGCGCCAAUACACCCUGAACAGGGUCCACAGCCAGCAGCAUUCCCCCUCCCAAUGUCACCAGAUCCGGCCAACAUUCGGAGCCCAGUAAACCCGCUCGCAGGUUCCCUUCCGCCACCAGCACCACCGAAGCUGCCGCACAGCCCGAUGCGUCCCAUGUUUCCUCCUACCAAUCCGCCUCCAGUUGUGGAGCAGCAUCAUGUUGACCAUGAGCCACAACAGUACCAGCAGCCCAUGUCUGACGAACCUCCCCCAUCCUAUGAUGGCCCCGGUGUUCCCAACGAUGGGAUGGACAAGAGUCGACCUGAACAUCCUCGGCCGCCCAACAUUACCACAGAUGCACCGACAGAAGAACGUCACUCGCAAGAUCCUCGACAACGCCAGCCAUCGAUUGGAAUCUUACAGCACCCUCAGCCCGCUUCGAUGGCCGCAUCACCUCAGCGAUCAGCAGCUGACAUGGGCGCCGAAUCCCUUCGCCGCCAGCUUCUUCAACAGGAAGAAUACGCGCGUAUGGAGCGUAUUCAGCGAGCUCAAAUCCAACAUGCCGAGUCGGAGCGCGAAAGACAAGAACGCGAAAUUGCUCGAGCGAGAGCACGAGAGCUAGAGCGCAGCGCGUCCGGCGGCGGAAGAGUCGGCAGCCUGCGAAGUGUUCCUGGCAGUCGCAAUGGGGGGACACCUGGCUGGGAGAGACGAGGCAGCACUUCCAGACCUGUUUUCGAGUUGCCUGCUGUAGAAGACGACGAGCCUGCCAUGAAGGCGACUUCGUAUCCUGGCCAGGAAUGGGUGCCUCCCAUGUGGACGGAUGAUUGA